GAUUAAAUGGUGUGUACUGAUGUUAAUUCAUGUUUAUUACUAGUAGGAAGAGAUGAUUGGUUCACGUGCCGGCGCCGCUUGAACUGAAAUGCAGCUAUCUGUCACGACACAUUAAUGAGCCACAAAACGUCCUCUUUGCUCUGAGAUGUAAUUUUCAUUCUGUGAGAACAUGAUGUGUGGCGUGAGAGCGGCAUGGCUUGUCUGACAAAGCAACAGUAACUAAAAGGGGCGGAUGUCCCACACGCAUGUCCCAGCCACUUUUUAAAACAAAGUUACACCACUGAAUCCAACACAUCUGAGAAGAACAAAAUGUGAAGUGAAAGUAGGGGAACUUGUUGAUGAGGAAAACAAAAACAGUUUUGGAAAUGUUUUGUGGAAGUACAGCAUGUGCAGUCAUGCACAAUAUUGCCCAAGAGAAGGACAAGACACCAGUUCUUUAUAAAUGGAAAAGCGACAAAGUUGUCAGAUGUCAAAUGGUUAUUGGUGCAGUAAUGCUGGAGGCACUGUUUUUUUGCUAAGGGAAUCAACGUAAAUUACAAUGGAUUCAACAAAUUUUCUAUUUGACUAUGAUUCAACUAGUGAAUAUGAAAUUUACACUGAUUAUAAUAACUCCAGUAAUAUAACUUACGAAGAAGGUUCAGUCUACACACCAGUCCACAACACAUGUUUCACUCAGGUUCUUUGCCUGUUGUUGCUGGUGAUCAAUUUGAUCAUCUGUUUGCUGGGCCUUGGAGGAAAUGCUGUGGUCAUCUGGAUUGCAGGGUUUGGCAUGAAGAAGACAGUCAAUACUACCUGGUACCUGAGCCUGGCUCUAUCUGACUUCAUAUUCUGUGCCUGUUUGCCUUUUAACAUAGCCUAUGGUGUCACCUCGGACUGGAUCUUCGGCCUCUUCAUGUGCAAGUUCACGUCCUUUGUCAUGUUCCUUAACAUGUUCAGCAGCAUCUUCCUCCUUGUCAUCAUCAGCAUGGAUCGCUGCAUUGCCGUCAUGUUUCCUGUUUGGGCACAGAAUCACCGCACUAUUGGAAAAGCAUCUGUGUUAAUUGUACUCGCAUGGAUCAUCUCUGCAGCUUUAAGUAUCCCAUCUAUUGUAUUCCGUGAUGUCCAGAAUUACCUGGGCACAAACCGAUGCAUGAACAACUACACCUCCAGCCAGUACAGCCACAGAAUCAUUGCAAUGAGCCGCUUUGUUUUUGGAUUUGUGAUCCCUUUCUUCCUCAUCAUCGUUUGUUAUACUGUCAUCAUCCUCAGACUGAGAGCCACCCAAAUGGCAAAGUCCAACAAACCCUUUAAGAUCAUGACGGCUCUCAUUCUGACCUUCUUCGUGUGCUGGCUGCCGUACCACACAUUUGUGCUAAUCGAACAAAACAAAACCUUCAGCAAUGAGGUCAUUACUCACGGACUGACCAUUGGCACCACUGUUGCUGCCGCUAACAGCUUCCUAAACCCUGUUUUGUACGUCUUCAUGGGCAAUGACUUCAGGAAGAAGUUCAAGAGCUCCAUCUUAUCAAAGAUUGAGAAUGCUAUUGGAGAAGAUGGCCGAACAAUCAGUCGCUACCUGUCUCGCUCUAGCUCAGUGGAUGCCAGGGCGUCCACUCAUAUCUAAAAAAUAAACUAGAAGUAAGUUAUUUUGCAUUAGGGCUGUCAAUUUAACGCAGUUCCUGGAGGGCCACAGUCCUGCAGACUUUAGUUCCAACCCUAAUUAAACACACCAACUAAUCAAGGUCUUUAGGAUUACUAGAAACUUUUAGGCAGGUUUUUUGGAGCUGGUUGUAGAGGAGUUUGACGUGAUUUAAUGCAGUUUAGAAUGAUUAAUUGUAAAAAAAAAAAAAAAAAAAAUAUUUCAACUUUAUUUCUACUUUAGCAAUGAAAAGGCAUGGACACAGUUAUUUUUUCAGAUGACCUUGUUGCAUAUGCAUUUGUAGGAUUUUUCUCUUUCAGAUGCAAAAUUUAUGGAAGGAGAGUUUUCUUAAUUUUCUUCCAUGACAUUAUCCGUUAAGUUUGUGGAUAUUUCCUUUAAUCAGAAUUAGAAAGAGCUUUAUUCCCAAGUAUGUUUGCACACACAAGGAAUUUGUUUUGGUGACAGAAGAAGCUUUCAGUACACAAAGACAACAACAUACACAGAUAGUAAAAUAAAAACUAAAGACAUAUGUAAAUAAGACACACAUAUGUAUAACAAAAAUGCUAUAUACAAACAGAACAGAAUAGAAUAAUUAACAGGGAAUGGAAUAGGAAGACAGUAUUGUCAAGUAAUAUUGCACAUAUUUAUCAUUGCACCGUGGGGAGAACAUUUAACUGUUCAUGACAUAGAUUGCCUGGCGGAAGAAACUUUUCUUGUGCCUGGCUUUUCUGGUGCUCGGUGCUCUGUAGUGUCGACUAGGCGGCAAAAGUUCAAAAAGAAGGUGGCUUGGAAGAGAGGGAUCCAGAGUGAUUUUCUGAGCCCUUUUUCUCACUCUGGGUGUAUACAGUUCUUGGAGGGUGGGCAGGGGGGGCACCAAUAAUUCUCUCAGCAGUCCGAACUGUCCCCUGUGGUUUUCUAACUACAUUUUGUAGCUGACCUAAACCAGACAGUUAUUGAAGUGCAGAGGACAGACUCGAUGACGGCUGAGUAGAACUGCAUCAGCGGUGCCUGUGGCAAGCUGAACUUCCUCAACUAAGGAAGCACAAUCUCUUCUGGGCCUUUUUCCACAAUGGAGUCAAUAUGAUUGUCCCACUUCAGGUCCUGAAAGACUGUUUAACCCUAAAACACAACAUAAUGCAAUGCAUAACUCUGAAUACAGGUAAAACAUCUGUGAAAAAUCAACAUGGAAAAUUCCUUCUCAUUAACAGUAAAGUUGGCCCUAUGGACUUUUCUUAGAUUAUGCCACCUGAACAUAAAUUUUCUUUCCAUCUGUGCAAUUUAAGUUUAAAAUACCACCUAAAUGUUAUUCUGGAUGCAUUAUUGCAUUCAAAACUGCUGGAGUGCAACAAAAUGAAACAGAACAAAAGGGUUGCAAGAUAUGUUUUUUUUAAAGUUAGAACUGCUUUUAAAGUGACACUGCAUCUUAAAAUGUGGUGCAACAACCAAAAAUAUCUGACAAAAAAACACGUACAUAGACAAAAUAGAAUGUGAUAACCCACCCUGUGUGAAAGAAGCCUUUCCCACAAUUUCAACAUAAUUUUAGGCCAGUCAUGCCUAUUGUAAAUGACAUGGUAAUAAACAAUAUACUGACUAUUGAAGCCACUUUUUUUGUAAUAUAUAUUUAAUGAUUUACAUGUUUGCCACAAUAAUGUAAUGUCUUUGAAUUAUCUUAAUUUGAGGCUUUGUAAUUAGAAUUUGCAGUUAAUUUGAUUACAUUUUUUUAAACAAUCCUAAUUUUCAGUGAUUUAUAGUAAAUCAAGCCAUCAUUAUGCACAAUGCAGAUGGAUUCCUAAUGUAAGCAAGCAUUCUUUAAUUUUCAUAACCACUUGUAUAAUAACUGAACUUUUCUGUGACUAAUAAACAUUAUUUGACUGCA